AUGCAAAGUGGAGGUUGUAAUGCGGGAUCUAUCGUUGCUAACAAUGCCGAAAUUCAAACAUUUUUGGGGUCGACCGCGAAGGGACUUAGCUUUACGCUGGGCGAAGAUGAUCUUCCUGUUUUGUUUCGUCCACCAGGUCGACCUGUUGGUCAACGACGUAAUCAAUGCGAAGUGGCUGCCUUGCCUCCGGGAUGA